UAUGGAAUUCUGUAAAUCGACGAACAGUGCAAUGGGCGAGUCGAUCCGUGAGCCUAUGACGCCGAGAAAUAUGUUUACCCAUGAUACUGGCCUGGAGUUUGUGGGAGUUGAUAAAGGAGAAGAAAAUUGUGUAAGUAAGGAUAAUCCGAAUGCAUCUUCAAAGCAGAUUGUGCCAAAGAAGGGAAUGAGUUUUGAUUCUGAAGAAGAGGCAUACAAGUUCUAUAACGCGUAUGCCAAAAGUAAAGGAUUUAGUGUCAGAUGGACACACAGAAAAGCAAGAGCAGAUGAUACCUUAUCUGCUAGGUAUUUAGUUUGCAGUAAGGAAGGAGUAAAGGGUAAACAUAGCACACAUGAGACGAGGAAAGAACGGGCUUCUACGAGGACAGAUUGCAAAGCUCGUGUUCAGUUCCAUAUUACUCCGGCGGGUGUUUGGUUGAUUCAGAAGGCUGUCAAUGAGCACAAUCAUCACAUGGUAUCUCCGGACAAGGCACACAUGUUAAGAUCACAACGACAGCUACUAGAUGUCGAUAAACACAUGAUCAACCACAUGCGGUCAGCAGGUAUACGACCAUCAAAAAUAUAUAAUUAUUUUGAAGAAUGGUGUGCAGGAGCACAAAAUGUGCCUUUCUUGGAGAUGGAUUCCAAUAACUAUAUAACAAGAGAGCGUAGCAAGUAUUUGGAGACCAAAGAUGCCCAAACUCUCAUGGAGUAUUUAAAGAACAAACAGGUGGAAGAUCCAUCAUUUUUCUAUGCUGUGCAACUUAAUAAAGAGGAUGGUACACUAGCAAAUUUCUUCUGGGCUGAUGGACAAUCAAUAAUGGAUUAUUCUUCAUUUGGAGAUGUUAUUUCUUUUGACACCACAUUCUCCACCAAUAAGUUUGAAAUGCCAUUUGCUCCUCUGCUUGGUGUUAACCAUCACAAGCAGACUAUUGUUUUCGGUGCUGCAAUAAUAUUUGAUGAAACUGCCGACUCGUUUGUGUGGCUUUUCAGCACCUUCCUACAAGCAAUGUCCGGUAAGGAGCCAAAAACAAUUUUCACUGAUCAGUGUGUUGCAAGUAUGAAUGCAAUUGCAGAGGUAUUCCCGAGCGCAAGCCAUCGCCUUUGUCUAUGGCAUCUAUAUCAAAAUGCCGUUAAACAUCUGAGUCAUGUUAUUGCUGACCAUCCGGAAUUUCUUUCUGAACUCAAGCAGUGUGUAUAUGAAGAAAGGUCAGUUGCACAUUUUGAAUCAAGAUGGCAUGAUUUAUUGGUUAAAUACAGCCUUGAGGAUAAUUCUUGGAUUAACAAUAUGUUUAAAUUUCGUGAGAAGUGGGCAACCGUAUAUAGGCGAGAUUCAUUUAGUGCAGACAUGACAUCGACCCAGAGGAGUGAAGGGAUGAACAAUGCCUUCAAAACAACAUUCAAUGGAAAACUCUCGCUUUCAGAGUUGCUAGAAAAAUAUGACAAGUGUGUCGCACGUCUUCGACGCGAAGAAAAAUAUGAAGAUUUUCAAUCGCGCCAUACAGACCCAGUGCUUUGCAUAGCUAGACAUCCUUUGUUGAAGGAGGCAGCUGCAUCAUACACGAGGUCACUCUAUACUUAUUUUGAAGAGGAAUUUCAGAGGCAGUUUACUUGGUCAUGCACUCUGUUGUGUAAUGAAAGCACAAUCAACACGUACAAAGUUAAAUCCUUUUAUCGAGAGGAUGGUGAAGCCAUUGUCGAUUUUAACCCAACAACUUUGGAGAUAUCUUGUUCUUGCAAGUUGUAUGGAUGUGUGGGUAUUUUGUGCAAGCAUGCUCAUAAAGUUUACAAUUUUUGUAAUAUUGUCACAUUGCCAAGCCAAUACAUAAUGAAUAGAUGGACAAAGUACGCAAAACAAGAUAUCUUCAAUUCUAAAGUAGGGGUUAAUGAUAAUGCAGAAUUGCAGUGUGCCCAAAUUUCUCGAAAGAUGCUAUCGCUUGCAUUGAAGUGUAAACCCUCAAAGGAGGUUCUUCGACACCUAGACAAUGGUAUUGAUAAGUUGGCUUCUGAAGUAUGUGAGUUGCUAAGCAAAGUAAGUGUGGAUGAAAAUGAGGAGACAAGAUGUUAUGCUGAAUUUACCGCAGAUGUUGAUAAAGCACGGGUAUCAUUUCGAGCCCCUAAACGGAAAAAAGGCCCAAUGGAGAAACGGUCAAAAGAUGCACUGGAAGCACCAAAGAAAGGAAAAGAUAAGGCUACAUCAAAGAAAGGAAGAAGUAAGGCUGCAUCAAAGAAAGGGGGAGGUAUAAAACAUACCGCAGUGUCACGUACAACCGAAUUAACAACACAUCCGGUUGGACCUUCAGAAUUUUUAGGGUCAUUGGAACUCAGAUCAGAGACGGGGAGAGGUAUAGGACAUUCGUCAGUGUCACGUACAAGGGAAUUAACAACACAUCCAAUUGGACCUUCGAUAUUCCCGGGGUCAUUCGAUCAUACAACGGAAUUAACAACAAAUCUGAUUGGACAUUCAGAAUUUCCCGGGUCAUCAAAUCCGAAUGCUUGUUUUCAAAAUAUAGCUCCAUCAUUGGCGACAUCCCUGUCAUUUGGUGAUUAUUCUGCUUUCUAUGCUCCACCACGUAUUCCAGGGGAAUUUACAAGUUUGUUGCUUCAAGCUGAUAAAAAAAACCCAACACUGUCUACCGUUCGGCGAUUGGAUUUCAACGAAGGUACAAGUACAAGCAGGUUUCAGUGGUGACAUCUGUUCUAGUCAUCACAUAAACCACAAGAACAGGAGGCAACUGCAUUAGCAACGAGCUCAUGUGUCCUUUUCAUUUUUAUUGUCCGGGUUUUCCUUACGGACCUGUAAACAAAUAUAUUAAUUUUAGUGGUUGUUCUUUGGACCAUCAGGCCAACAAAACACA